UGGUCAUGCAGCUGUAGGAAAUAAGCAAAACACGUUGCAGUCAUUAGAAGGCAGUAUUGUCACAAUAUUUUGACAGGUCCGUGAGUUUGCGUUUGUAGAACUGUAAUUCUGAUACAACUGAUUUCUGACCGAAGUUUAUGUUUGGACUAUGGCAUCCAGUUCAGUAAGUCAAGAGGAUUUGGAAAAUGAUUUUGAACUUUCAUCUCGCCGGUCUCGAAUUCGAACUGCUCGUGCACGAACAGUGAAUCCUCCUGCUAGAAUUGAUCCUGGAGGUGGGGAUUUGGAUGAUGCAGGAGGUGGUGAAAUGAAAACUUCUGAGUCACUUAACAUCAGUAGCAAUUUCCCAGCAGAACAUGACGCUAGCCCCAAGCCCCUCAGUCGGGCCAAGGAGAAACGUGUCAACAGAGCCAAUCACAUGAACAAAGGAAAACAACAGCAACGUGAUCGCAGGAAGUUGCGAGAGAAACGACGUAGCACUGGAGUGGUACACCUUCCUUCUACAGAGUCUACUGGUGGGAGCACAGGAGAGGAUGAGGAUGAGACUCAGACAGCAGAAACACGCCGAAACACGCAACACAAUGAACAGCUGCUGGAUCGUGAGCCAGCAGAGGAGCGGUUACCUCACAAAACAUAUCCACAGAGGAGGAACAAGAGCCCAUCUGAUCUUGAAGCAGAUGAUGAGGAUAACCAAGAAUUUGAUAGUUUGAACCAAUCAGAUUCAACUGUAAGCAGUUUAGUGCAUGUGGCUGAGGUUCCUAGUCGGCCACGCCCUGGUACACCCACUGGGGACAAUCCAGAUGAGUUGUUAGAGCGAGCUCAAGAAGAAAAUCGACGUCUUCUGUCUCUUCUCGAGGACCGGGAUCGUAAAAUUGCAUCUCUUGAAGCUCGUAUCUCUCAACUUCAGAGAGAAAUGUCACAGGAGAAAGACAGACUCAGGGAAGAGAAUGCAACAUUGAUCAGGGCCAUGGCAUCACUUGCCACUGCAAAAUGAAUAUUAUCCUACUUGUUGGCUUUAUAGAUAAAACAGCGUAAUUGCAUUCUUCAGAACUAAUGAGUAAUUAUUCCUAUAGCUUAAUUCUGUAAUUUAUGUCUCAGAUUAGAUAAGAUGCUCUUUAAUCUGCAAAGAGUAGUAUUCAAGCUUCCAGGACAUAGUCUCGGACAAGCCGUCAUACUGCAUGGUCCCUGACCGUGUAUAGAAUUACUGGUACGCAUGUUGAUGGAAUGUUGCAGUGACCAAUUACCUGUUUGUGGAAAGUUAGUAUUGAAUACUGUUGGGAUCUGCUCCUGAAUUAAUUGAUUUUUUUUUAUUUUUUUUAUCAUGAGAGUAUAUGUAUACAUAAAACAUUGUAUAGAUUAUAUUUUCUGAAAGAAUGUUGAAGAGGUAUGAAGUUACGGAGCAUAGUGCCAUACACAUAGCACUCGUGUUGUUGGAUUAUGUAUGUAUGCAUUGAGGUCAGUUAUUAUGUGCAUGAAGCAAUUACAUGCCUAUCAACCUUUUUGUUUUGUACUACUGGCAUCAAAUUGGUUUUAUCUCCCAUAAUUUAUAAGUCAUAUUUAAGGUUUGAAUUGCUUACAUCUGUCUAUUCCAGUAUCGUAAAUAAAGUUUGAUUCCACUAAAUGUAACUGUCGAUAGAUUUUUUGCCGUAAAUAUAGAAUGAUCUUUACGCUAAGUACAUAAAAACUGAAAAGAUUUUUUUUAAGCAGUGUAUUAUAAUAUAAUGUGAGGUGAUACUAAAUAACUCUCAGCACUGCAUCUUUUAAAGAAGUAUCUGUGGUAGGAUGCAAAAGGUAACAGUGGCAAAUUAUGUAUUGCUCAGUUCUCUUUGAUUCACACUAUAUUUUGACCAAGAUAUAAUAAUUUUGUGAUAUGUCCUAAUGAAAAUUGAAUAGACUCCUUGGUCAGCACUCUUCUUUCAAUUUGAUCUUGAUUGAACAUGUUCAAUUUUAAGGGGGCUGUCAGUUUUAGAACAAACUUGGGAGGUCAUAUUAAACUUAGGAUACACUUCCACAUUCCUUCAUUUAAGUUAUUAUUGAUAUGCGUUAUAAUUCCAGUUCUUUCCUCCUGAAAUGUCUUAAUCACUUGCAAAGGCAUUUCCAAUAUCUAUGUAGUUUCCGGCUAUUCCGAUUAUAUUGCAAGUCACGACUGUGGAACUUUUGGUGAAUCACUUACACCACUUCAGAUGGAAUAUUCUCAAUUUACAAGCUUGGGAGUUCCUGGUUAUUGACAGUAAGUGAAGAAAUUACAUCUGAUAAAACUGUAAACUUGCAGUUUGUGAAACAUGUUUUGUAUUGGCCAAAUAAUUUAAUAUAUUUUUAGUAAUAGUUAAUUUUGAGGUAAUGUUUUCAUAAUUUUAUUACUUUCAUUUUUGAAAUACUUGUAAAUGUGAUUAUGUAUUAAUCAUAGUGUGUUACCCAAGUUAAUUUGGAAGAAGUGUAAAAUGCAUCAAUAUACCAUAUUAAUAGUAACAGUUUAAGAGUUUGUGGUGAUAAGUAAUCUUGUCUACUUUUAGUACUUAAUUUUUUAUAAAUACAAUUUAAGUAAGAAUGCAGUAAACAAGUAUUUGUUUUGUUUAAAGCAUCAAUGUGACUCAUGAGUGGUAAGAUUUUGGGAAACCAAAAACUUUUCACUUUAAUAGAAUGUCUCUCGGCAUCCUACACAGUGGACUGAGGUUUAAUUCUAGAGUUCAGUGGAUUAGUAAUUUUGUAAGAUUUUUUUCAACUUACAAGAUGUAGUUCAGAAUAAUUAUAGAUUGCAUUAAAUAAGUAUAUCCAGUUAUAAUGAAUAGAAUAUGUCACCAUACAUCUCCAAACGUGAAACGAACAUUUUCAUAGGUAGCUAAUUUACAUAAAUUGUAUAAUUGGUGUAACAAACUUGCACUUUAUGUUUAGCUAAUCGUGAUGCUAUGGAUUUUAUGAAUUAUUUAUAUUUAAGGAGGCUCAAAUUUUCUUAAUUAUAUGGAGUUAGUGUUUGCUUUAGUUUUAUGAGGUACAUUUAUUUUCAUAAGCUCAAGCUUCUCAGUUACACCGUGUUAUAAUU